GCUCCCCUUCACCUCGAGACUCCGCCGCUUCCCCGCCGCGCGCCGCUCCGCCUGGACCGCGGACCUCCCGACUGAUCGGUGCCGGAGUUGCGCGCACCUCCUCCUCCUCCUCUUCCUCCUCUUCCUCCUCCCCCGUUACUCCGCUCCGCUCCGCUCCGGGCUGGUCCGGUCCUCCGCUCCCCCCUCCGCCCCCCUCCUCCCCCGGACAGCGGGUCACUGUUCCCUGGAAGCUGGAGGGAUGAUUGGAGAGUUGUGAAGAAGUGUGAGAAGAGCUCGGCUCGGCUCGGCUCGGCUCGGCUCGGAUCGGGAUCUGCCUCCUCGCUCCGUCCAGGGAAGACGCGAUCAUGGAGGGGACGUCCCUGUAUCUUCCUAUUGUUGUUUUACUGAUGCAAUGUUCCCCCUGUUCUCCCGUCACGGUGUCCACCAGCAACCACAACGUGGAGGUCCGCGAGUUCACAGAUGCUGUGCUGUCCUGCAUGUUCCGCACGGAGAAGGACCAGAACCCUCGGAUCGAGUGGAAGAAGAAGGGGAAAGGUGUCUCCUUCGUGUACUACGAUGGACACUUCAGAGGGCCCUUCGAGGGCCGAGCCAGCAUCGACGGGGCCACGGUGACGCUGCACCGGGUGACCCAGGACGACGCCGGAGAGUACCGCUGCGAGAUCAGCGCCCCCUUCGACUCGGUCAGCCUGGGCGAGACCAACGUCACGCUCAGAGUCCUCGUGCCGCCGCACACCCCGGCCUGCGACAUCCCCGGCUCGGCGGUGACGGGCUCCAAGGUGCAGCUGCGCUGUCGGGACCAGCAGAGCAUCCCGCCCGCCACCUACUCCUGGUACAAGGACAACAAGAAAAUCACGCACCACGCCAACGCCACCUACGUCAUCAACACCCACACGGGCGUGCUGGAGUUUAAAUCCGUCGCCAAAGAGGACAGCGGUCGAUACAGCUGCCUGGCCUCCAACGGCAUCGGGUCGCCCAAGAUGUGUGAGGCCAAGCGCAUGACGAUAGAGGACGUCAACAUCUCGGCGGUGGUGGCGGCGGUGGUGGUGAUCUGCCUGCUGGUGGUGAUCUGCAGCUGUGGAGGACUCGUCUUACACCGCAACGGCUUCUUCACCCCAGGACACCGAGGAAGGUCCUUCUGGAUCUCCCAGCGUCACGGCGCAGCAGCCCACACCAGCAGCCAAACCCUGCACAGAGCAGACGACACGUCCAACGUGAACUACGUCCCUCCGCCUCAAGAACCGCAGGAUUUCAAACACACACAGUCGUUCAUGCUGUGAGACGCCGGCCUUCCUUCCUUCCUUCCUUCCUCCCCUCUGACGACGCUCCACUCCACGGAUAAAGGUGCCAACACUCUUCACUUCUCUCCCUGGACCCUAGAAACUCUCCAUCCUCCUCGUUCCUCUCUCCUCCAUCGACAUCACGCCCUGGUCCUCUGCUUCCCCCUGGUGGUCAGAUGGAGACUUUACAGCCCAGCAGUUUUUUUUUUUUCCACUCGUUUGGAAUUUUUCUGUUACCAAAGACUGAUGUUAAACUUUAAUCAUGACGAGGGAAUUCUCCCUGAAGCCAUAGGGAAAUGAGAUUUAGUGUUUCCAACCCGCUCAGACUGAACUACAGCUUACCUCAGUCAGGAUGUCGUCUACUGGAGCCAAUUCUACUGCGACCGACCCCAUCUCCAUCCCAAUGUGCCUGCAUGGUCUUUUUGAUAAAUCUCUCUACUGUAAACCUCGUGCCUUUUUGAUUUGUCUGUCAUAUUUAUCUAUGGGAUCACACUUUUUUGUAAACAACUUGCCUUACUUCUUUCUGUCUUGAUAUUUUUGUGCCACUCGGAGAUCAGGCGGAGAGUCUGUUUUUAGAUCGUCUGGAUGAUGUUGGGUUUUAUUUGAGCGGUGUAUCAGUAAUAAAGUUUUUCUAUUCAAU